CUUGACGUGACCGCCAUCACUAGUCUAUGGUCGACGACGUAAGGUUUCGGAUGUUGUGCUUGCUAAUUUUUGCUUGAUUCCAAAGAAAUUUACUAUGAUUCUUGAAUUAAAAGUCUUGUCGGUGUAAUAAAUCGAAACUCUUGCAAAAGAUUAUUUAUUCCGCUUACGAGUCGUUAAAAACUGAUUGCAAAUGUCAAUAUGUCAGGAUCUCGGCCUUAAUUUCCAGCAGAGAAUGGUGAGAAUUGCAUGCUAAUUCAGUAUUCGCUGCUAAUUGGAAUUAAAUAGUGUUCAUAACUUUCCAUACGAGUAAUGAAGUAACAGUCACGAUGUCUUGGAAGUCGUUUUGGAAUAUGAUGGGCGCAAAUAUAUCGCAGUUGGAAAGAGAUAUCGGGUCAGAGCAGUUCCCUCCAAAUGAGCAUUAUUUUGGUUUAGUCAAUUUUGGCAACACAUGCUAUAGCAACUCGGUGCUUCAAGCCCUAUACUUCUGUAGACCAUUCCGAGAGAAGGUUCUGGAAUACAAAGCUAAGAACAAGCGCACCAAGGAGACGUUGCUAACAUGCCUGGCCGACCUGUUCUACAGUAUUGCCACACAGAAGAAAAAAGUUGGCUCCAUUGCUCCCAAGAAGUUUAUUGCACGACUAAGAAAAGAAAAAGAGGAAUUUGAUAAUUAUAUGCAGCAAGAUGCCCAUGAAUUUUUGAACUUCCUUAUAAAUCAUAUUAAUGAAAUUAUUCUAGCUGAAAGGAACCAGAGCACUUUGAAGGGACAGAAAACAGCAAACUCCACUGCGUCUACAAUGUCCACAAGCAUUGGCCCAGGGGAAACGGUGACUUGCAACGGCACCCUCCCUCAGAACACGGAGCCAACGUGGGUGCAUGAGAUAUUCCAAGGGACGUUAACGAGCGAGACCCGUUGUCUGAACUGUGAGACUGUUAGCAGCAAGGAUGAGCACUUCUUUGAUUUGCAGGUGGACGUAGGCCAAAACACGAGCAUCACCCACUGCCUCAAAUGCUUCAGCGACACAGAGACUCUCUGCAACGACAACAAAUUCAAGUGCGACCAUUGCAGCAGCUACCAGGAGGCACAGAAACGCAUGCGAGUCAAGAAACUCCCGCUUAUAUUGGCACUGCACCUGAAAAGAUUCAAGUAUAUGGAGCAGUACAAUAGGCACAUCAAAGUGUCGCAUCGGGUUGUGUUUCCGCUGGAAUUGAGACUGUUUAACACUGCGUUCCCUUUGCAGUCGGACGACGCCGUGAACCCGGACCGCCUGUAUGACCUGGUGGCGGUGGUGGUGCACUGUGGCUCGGGACCCAACCGCGGCCACUACAUCAGCAUCGUCAAGAGCCACGGCUUCUGGCUGCUGUUCGACGACGAUAUGGUCGAUAAAAUCGACGCCUCUGCGAUAGAAGACUUCUACGGCCUAACUUCAGAUAUACAGAAAUCGUCUGAAACGGGGUAUAUACUAUUUUACCAAUCAAGGGAUGCUAGUUGUUAAGUUUCUUCAUUAAUUAUUAUAAAAAUAGUAAUUUAUAUUAUUUAUAAGAUAGUCACUAUGAUAGAUCAUGUUAAAUAAAUGCCGCGUUUGUUAAAGUUGGAAAGGCAUAAAAUAUUAUUGAAAAAUUGUUUAAUUCAUUAUUAUUCAACUUCUAGAAUUCAGUCAAUUGUAAAUAAGAAAAUAUUU